UUCCGGAGGGCGGCGAUGGCGGCCACGCUCUGGGACUUCGGCCUGGGGCAGAGGAGAAAGGCGGGCGGCGACAGCGGCGAGGAGGAGGACGACGACGGUGAUGAAGAAGCAGGAGGCGGAGAUGCGGGAGAGUUCACGCUGGAAGAGGUGCUGCGCCUCGGCGGCACCAAGCAAGAUUACCUCAUGCUGUGUGCCGUGGACGAGGAGAGCGAGAUGGUGGAUGGUGGCAAGAAGGACACGAUCGAUGACCUGAAGGAAGGGGAGCUGGAGGCGUUUGUCAGCUCCCUGGGGCUCAACAAGUAUGCAAAGAGUUGCCUGGUGGUGGAGGGGGAUGAUGAUGAUGGCGGCAGCAAGGAGAAAGAGAAGCCUCCAAAGAAAGAGAAAAGCAAGAAGGAAACAAAUCGUCCUUCACUAGAGGGGAAAAAAGAAAAAAAAGGAAAGGAAAAGGCAAGCAGUGUGAAAGACAGCAAGAAAAAGCAGUCUGGUGGUGAUCAGGGCCAGCAGCCUUCCACAAAGAAGGAAAGGCUGGAGGAAGAUUUUGAAUUUCAUGCUAGGCAAGCAAUCCUGAUCAAACCGGGGGGCAAGUGGUAUGAUAUGGAAUAUACCAAUGAGUUCUCUCCAGAGCCACAGAAUCAGACACUUUUGUCCAAGUAUAAGGCCCUGGCCCAAAAGCUGUAUGAACACGAGACAGACCUGUUUAAGAAUAAGACAGACUAUCAGAAGGGGGCCUCUGCUGCGUGGAUUAAAACUGUUGUGUCCUCGGGUACCUUGGCUGACAGGAUGGCAGCAAUGACCCUUCUCAUCCAGGACAGUGCUGUCCACAGUCUCCAAUUUGUUGAGAACUUGAUAAACCUCAUAAAGAAAAAGGGCAGCAGGCAGCAGAGCCUUAUGGCUUUAGAUACGUUCAAGGAGCUUCUCAUUACAGAUAUCUUACCAGACAAUCGGAAACUGUGGUCUUUCUCCCAGCGACCCCUUAACAGCAUAGUGCAGAUGUCGAGUGGCAACAAGGACUCAAGAGACAGGCGGUUGAUCCUUUGGUACUUUGAGCAUCACCUGAAGCUGCAGAUAGCAGAGUUUGUGCAGGCAUUGGAAACACUGAGCCACGAUUGCCUGACAGCCACGAAAUCCCGGGCGCUGGCAGUGUCCCACGAACUGCUCUGUAACAAGCCCGAGCAGGAGAAGGCUCUGCUGGUUCUGCUGGUGAACAAACUGGGUGACCCUCAGAACAAGAUUGCCACCAAAGCCUCCUAUCUUUUAGAGACAUUACUUCACAAGCAUCCAAACAUGAAGGGAGUAGUGUGCAGUGAGGUGGAGAGGCUUCUGUACCGCUCAAACAUCAACGUGAAGACUCAAUAUUAUGCUAUCUGCUUUCUAAAUCAGAUAGUCCUCAGUCAUGAAGAAAGUGCAUUGGCUAACAAGCUGAUAACUUUGUACUUCUGCUUUUUCCGGAACUGUAUAAAGAAGAAGGAUGUUGAAUCCAAAAUGCUCAGUGCUCUUCUUUGUGGGGUAAACAGAGCUUACCCUUAUGCUGAGAUUGGUGAUGAGAAAGUGAAAGAGCAAAUGAACACCUUGUUCAAAGUUCUGCAUCUUGUGAACUUCAGUACCAGUGUCCAGGCCCUGAUGCUGCUGUUUCAAGUGAUGGACUCUCAGCAGACUGUGUCAGACAGGUACUAUGCAGCGCUGUACAAGAAGCUUCUGGAUCCUGCUUUAGCAACGUGCUCAAAGCCAUCCAUGUUUCUAAAUCUCGUCUAUAAGUCUCUGAAGGCAGAUGUCGUGCUGCGGCGUGUGAAGGCUUUUGUGAAGAGGCUGCUUCAAGUCACUUGUGGACAAAUGCCACCCUUCAUUUGUGGAACCCUGUACCUUCUGUCUGAGCUUCUGAAAGUGAAACCAGAGUUAAGGGCCCAGUUACAGGAUCACAUGGGGUCAGAUGAUGAAGAGUGCUUUAAGGAUCAAGAAGAGGCUGAAGAGGAUGAGGAAAAAUUUGUGGAUGCUGACAAAGAAGUAGGAGAUGAAAAGAGAAGCACAACGGAAAAUUCUGCUAAAACAAACAAUUCAAGUUCAUCAGCCUCAUGGGUGCAUCAUCUGAAUAUGGGAGGCAGGAAGAGUGAAGCUUCCUAUGAUCCUCUGCACAGAAGUCCUUUAUACUGUGGUGCUGAAAGUACAAGUCUUUGGGAACUGAAGAAGCUUUCUGAACACUUUCAUCCGUCUGUGGCCCUGUUUGCAAAAACAAUUCUAGAAGGAAAUCACAUUCAGUACUCCAGUGACCCUUUGCAGGAUUUCACGUUAAUGAGGUUCUUGGAUCGCUUUGUGUACAGAAAUCCCAAGCUCAGCAAAGGCAAAGAAAACACCAGCAGUGUGGUAAUGCAGCCAAAGAAGAAGCAGUUUAUGAAGGAUAUGCAGAAUCUUGCAGUCAACAGUAAGGAAUUCCGGGCCAAAGAUGAAAGCAAAAUCCCAGUGGAUGAAGUGUUCUUUCACAGAUUUUAUUCAAAGUUUGAUAAGAAGAGAGAGAAACAAAAGCGUCUGGAUGAUGAAGAAAGUGUGGAAGAUGUGGAUGAUGAUGAAUUUGAAAGAGCAUUGGAUACUUUUGAAGCUGCUGAUAAUGCCAUUGUUGGCCAGGAUGACCUUGAUUUUGCUGGUAAUAUAAAAAAAAAUCCCAAGGGUGGCAAGAAAGGUGAGGGAUCUGGUGCUGACUGGGAGGAUUCUGAUGAUGAAGAUGACUUCAGCGAUCUGGAUGAUGAGGAAGUCUCCUUAGGAAGUAUGGAUGAAGACUUUGAAGAGGAUAUGGAUGAAGAGGGAGGUGUAUUUAUGGAUGUGUCUGAAGAUGAUGAUGACCUAGACUCAAACAAUGACAAGCAACUGAAAUCUGUCACUAAAAAGGGCAAGAAAAAGAAAGAUACGAAUUUUGCGGGAUCACUGGAAGGAUCCAGGCGAGGAAAGAAGAGAAAACUCCAAGAUGCUGGUAUACUGGCAUCUGCAGAAGAGUUUGGGUAUCUGCUGGAUGAAAAUGCUGGCUCUAAGUUCGACAAUAUUGGAAUGAACGCCAUGGCCAACAGAGAUAAUGCGAAUGUCAAACAGAUCCAAUGGGAAAUAGAGCGUGACAAGUGGCUUCACAACAGGGAUGUGAAAAGCAUCAUAAAAAAGAAGAAACAGUUCAAGCACAGAGGGCUGAAAAACAAGUUCAAAGGCAAGAAAUCAAGACGAUGAACUUGAUGUGGACAUUUAAAAAAUAAUUAUUCCUUAACAGUUUUUUAUUUAAUCUUUCUUACUUCAGUUCUUGCUGCUUAACCAUGUCAUCUGGUCAUUCUCCCUUAUGCCAUGAAUUCCAGACCGCUCAUUGGACUUGUAAUAAACUGAAAAACAGGAAAAUCCAUGUCAGCUCUAAGUUAGACAUAUCUGACAAGCAGUCCCUUUGUGGCUGGUUUUAUUCUGUGUAUAAUCCUCCAGCUCUGAGGUCUCUGUCCAACAGUCUGACACUCCAGCCAUGCCUUAACAAUAAAAACUUUUGCAGUGUCUCCUGGGGAAAGUUUUAAGCCAUCCUAAGAUAUUAUUGUACAUAUUAAGAUGCAACAGAAGCUUCAGCCAUCCUUCUGAAGCCAACGAGUACAAACUCACCUUCCAGAAUUAAUGGAAACCUCUUCUGCAUUGUGUAUCUGAAAUCUGACAAGAAAGAUAAAUCGCAGUUACUUUCCCAGCAUAUAUUAAGAUGAAUAAUUAAAUGCACUAUUUUUCUAACUAGCGUUGUUUCAUGAAAAUUUGUUUAAAUUUUGCUAGUUACAGCCACCAUUAAAUAAUGUUAUAGGAAUUUGUUUUUAAAAAAUAAUUUCAGAGACUUUAUUCAGGUUACUCUUAUGUGCAGCCCCGUCAUCAUAGUGUUUUCUGAGCUUCCUCACAAUUGUGAUAACCAAGUCCUACAACUCCCAGGAAGCUGCAUGCCUCUCAUAGACUGACACGCAGAUAAAACCAGGGAAAUUUUGUUUCCUUGUGCAGAUUUAGAUGUUCGCUGAAUCAUUCUGUGGGCCACUCUUGACAAUCCAGUAGAAAAUCACAACAGGUUUAUGCUAUUUUAAUUAUUUACAGCACCUCGUAAAAGGAUGUUAACCAUUCUAGUACUAAAACAAAGAAAGCAGUGAAAGCCUCACUGAGUUCACAGAGCUGUUAGAUUAGCCAACUGCACCUUAUGGAACUGCAAUUAUAGAGAACAUGCAAAUGCAUAUAAGAAUUGCAAAAGAGGAGAAAAAAUCCCAAAGAUGAACACGCAGCAUCAAGUUACAAUAGCUGGAAACAUCUGUUCUCUAUAUUUUCAUUACACGUAUUUUCUAAUAAAAAUGCAAAGAUGGCUAAAAUUUAACAGCCUGACAUCAUCUGGAUCCUGGAAAACAAAUGCAAACUGAUGUGAAAGUGAAGCUCAGCUUGUACUUGGUAUGAAGACCACACCACUGCCGAAAUGGGUGGAUUCUUGCCUUCCCAGCCAAAGCAGCAGCUGCCUUUUGGCUUGCCCUGACCCUGCAGGUAGCAGGACAGGCUCUUUUCCCGAAGGGACACAGAUCUGUGUAACCAGUGCUGCACCCUGCAUACAAAGCAAGACUGCUGCUAUGCAGAGCAAGCCUCCUUGUAGUAACCAAACUGGGGCUUUGCUUAUUCUUUCCAUGUUACCUGGGCACGGAAGAGACCUGAGGGACUGAAGUUAAAUAAUCCGGGAGACAACGCUGGCUGCCUCCUGCCAGCCGGCUCUGUCCUCAGCCUGGGAAAUGUCCAAUCGCAGAGACUGCGAGACCCAGAGACAGCCAGGACAUCCCUUCAGGGGCUCAACACCAGGUGCCUGAAACAGGACUGAUCAAUUCCCGCCUCAUUUGCGGACAGCCUCUCUCCCUUUCAAAUCCUUAUCCGGCCCAGUGUUGCUACUGUAACACCGCGCAGGAUUCCUCUUUGUUCCCGGUGUGGUGGCGUGCUGCCGCCCGAAGGAUUGCUCGCGGGCUUGGGUUUGUAAAACUACACCAGCAGCUCGUUCUUUAGAGGUAAAUCCUGGUGCCAACGAGCCAGCCCUGUGCGCCUGCACUCACCCAAGCCCAACUCCUGACCCCACACGGCGGCAUUUCCUUACACAGCCCGGGCGGUGCGCGGUGCUCCCCGGCCACCGCCGGCGGCCCUCAGGCGGAGGAG